AUGGAUUAUCAAUUAAAUGAUCACAAUUCCAGUAUUAGUGAUAGUGACACUAGUAAUGUUAAUACCACAAGGGCACAGAUAAAUAAUCCAUUAGAAAGUCAAGACGCUCAUAGAAUUCCUUCAAAAAAUGUCCCACAUAUUAGAUCGUAUCCCAGCUCUACAACGGUACUAGGCCCAACAUCUAUUUAUGAUCCUUUAUUGACAUCUCACCUACCUCCAACUAAUUUUCAUCUUUACAAAGUAUCUCAAACUAAGGUAAUACGAUCAAUUUCAAAAUCGACUCAAUAUCUAGUCUACCAAAAGCUUGAUGAUGAAUUAUUACGUAAACAGCAAGCGAGUAUUAUUAAAAUAAAUCAACUAGUUCAUCCUUACAAUUCUGUGCUUAUUGAACUGUUCUUCACUGUAGUGCAUCCUUAUUUCCCAAUUUUGAAUGAAAAUGCAUUUUUGCAACAAUAUAAAAGAUCACAAUUUGAAAUAUCUCCUCCUCUUUUAGCGAUUAUAUAUUCUUUAGCUAUUCGCUGGGCGUAUUUUGAUCCUAAAUCAAAUGAAUUAACUUUAAGCAAAUGCAUGGAGUUAGCCAAAGAAUUACAAGAUAUGGCUAUCUCACUAUUUUGGAAGUCCAUUGAUAUAUCAAACAUUAGUCUAAUUCAAGCAGGCCUUUUAAUUUUGCAAGCAAAAGAAGAUAAAGGAAAAUGGACCUUAUGUUCAUCAAUUGUUUCUAUUGCUGAAAACAUGGGUCUUGGUAUGGACUGUUCAGAUUGGAAAAUACCAAAAUGGGAAAAAAACUUGAGAAUUCGUUUAGCUUGGGCAUUAUGGAUGCAAGAGAAAUGGAUCUCCUUGGAAGAAUCUAAAAUCUCUCAUCUAAAAUUGGGUGUUAACUGGGUUGUGCCACCUUUGACUGAUGAGAAUCUUCCAGAUAAAUCAAUUGCAACCUCUAUAAGACGUUUCAAUAAUGACAAUAUUAAUGGACACGAUACUACUGACCCAAAUAGCAAAAACUUCGACAUUUUACUAUCUACUGAAGAAUUAGCAACAGCUAAUUCAUUUUUUAAAUAUAAUGUAUUGUUGAGUAUUAUCUUAGGUGAUAUAUUACUCACCUUUUUUUCAUUCUCUCAAUUACCUAACAAUAUAUCUUUAGAUAGAGUUUUAAAAAUUGCUAAACCCUUACAAUUAAAAUUAAGGGAAUGGUAUCAUGGUCUACCUGCUAACCUUUUAAUGACAAAUUACAAAGAAAAAAAAUUUACAUCAAAUGCGACAUUAACAUUAAGUUAUUUUGCAGUGGAACUAACAUUACAUCGUAAAAUUAUCUCAAGCAUUAAAGCUAAUUCUCCACCUAAUUUAAUUAAUAUAUGCCGUGUGGCUGCAAAGACCAGAUUAUUUGCCGCACUGAGUUUUAUUCGUGAUUUGAGAGUUGAACAUAAAUUAUCAUUUUGGUAUUCCAAUACAACUUCGAACAUUCAACUAAUAUCAAUAUUUGCUGCCUUAUUAUAUGUCACCUCAAGUACUCCUGAAGAAAAAGAAGUCUAUAAGAAUGCAACAAGAAAUUAUAUCUCCAUAUUAAAAAGAGGCGCAAAAAUCUUUAAUAGAAAACGAUUUGCAUUAAGAGGAAUAUACACGUAUUUAUUACAAAUUCCAGGUCUAUUAUUAGAUUCUCAAGAUACAACGAAAUCUAAUGAGGCUCCAAACCCAUCUUCUAUAACUAAUUCUGUUUAUCAGGACGGUCACCAACUGUUACAUGAUUCUAACAAUAUACCUAUAGAUAUUUUGCAAGAAUUAAUGGAUAUUCAAGAAAAUAAUGAACUUAGAAACGGAUCUAAUAAUGAUGGGCAUUCAAAUGGCCAAAUGAACCAAAAUUACUCAAAUGCUAUUGCAUCAUUGAUUAAUAAUGUAGGCCAAAGUCCACACUUACUUGAUAGCUUGUAUUCAUCAGGAAACACUCCACUUGUUACGGGACCUACGUUUCCGUCGAGCAUGUCACCUAAUCAAGACUUUGCAGAUCCAAUAAAUUUUUCAGAUAUGUCUAUGCCAUCUGAACAAUUACCUCUUUUAAACUCUUCUGAUACACAUAACAAGCCUCUUUCUUCGUUCAACAAUAGCAGAUCUAAUCUAAACAGAAUUGAGAAUGAUACUGAUGCAAAUGGUGCAGAUGCACCCCUUGAAGGCAAUAAUACCCUUGGUGCCAACAACACUGAAGAUAUAGCUAACCAAACUACUAUUAAUAACCCCACACCUAUUAACCUUGAAGCAAAUAACUUGAUAAACAUUAAUAAAACAGAUUCAGUUAAUUUAGAAUCUAUCACAUAUGAUGCAGCCAACUUCAUCCAGUUUAACGACAACCUAACCAAUUCAAACAAUUUAGAUAUGAAUUAG